UGCUCAAUUCUCUCACAGCUUUUCUCUGGCUGCAUCUUCAGGUUGACACGGCUUUAACUGCCAUGGUUUAGGUCAGGGCUAUGGAAUCCUGGGACUUGUAGUUUGUGGUGGCCAUGGUGACCAGAUGUCAUAACCACAGCAGAGGACAAGGCACUGCAAACUGGAAAAUGUAGGGCAUGAACAAAUAAAAGCUAAGAAAACUCAGAUAUGUAAAUUAAUUCUGCUUAAUCAUGCUCAUAAUGGAGGACAUUUUGGUAUUCCUUCUGGACAGAAGGCUAAAAUGUAGGACGUGUCAGGGAAAAGGAGGGUGUCUGGACAUCCUGGUUGUGGCACCAGAGCUCUGUGACAGAGGUGCAUAAGUGUCUCACAAAUUUACAGAUCCCAGAAUUCCAUAGCACUGAGCCAUGGCAAGUAAAGUGGUGUCAAACUGGAUUGUGCAAUGCAGAUGCAGCCUCUAUCUCUCAGGGGAGAGGCUGCUGUCAGGUAUUACUUUGUAUUAGUAUUAUAUUAGUAUUUCAGUAAUGGGCGAUCUAAACAGAAGGCUGAAAAAGUAUACAGUACUGUCAGAAGAGAGGAUAUUAUGUGUUUAGUGUGUGAAGCAUGGCUUUGCCUACAGUGUUAAGGGGCUUGUGGAAGCUGUAGUGCAGAACAUCUAGUGGGCCAGAAAAAUUCCCUGUUUAAGCCUCCCUGAGAUAAGGAUAAUUUUUUAUCAUAUCAAGAGUCUUCAGCACUCAAAACCUAGUGGCUUAAGCCUAAGGGGGCUCCCUGUACUGGGAGGAAGGUGGGAUAUAUAUAAACAAAAUAAUAAUUUUAGAAGUGUAUGGGGGAUAUAAGGCUCCCGCUUUGAUCCUUGGAGAGGGGGAGAAAUAUAAAUUAUUAUUAUUAUUAUUAGUAGUAGUAGUAGUAGUAGUGUUGGGUCUCAUAAUUAUGUGUAUUGGGGUAAAGAGAUUUUCUUGGUAACAAAGAAUGCUGGUUAAUAUUCAAGGUGGUUGAAAGAUGGCAGUGGCUAAAGAAGAGGAUUAUCCCUUGGGCACUGACAUCUUUCAGCCCUCCGGAUGUUUGUUGAACUGGAGUGUAACGCCCAGCAUCCUUUGGUCUUCUGGUUAGCGUUGCUAGAACUUACAGUCUUAACAACAUCUGGAAGGCCAUAUGAUUGCCACUGCUGGACUAGACAAAGAAGCAGGGUGGAACGGAUGAUCAAGCAGUAGUGCCAGAGCAGUGGUUUCUAACUUUUUGAUCCUCCAGUCAUUUUGGACUUCAGCUCCCUGAAUUCAUGACUUUUGCUCAAGCUGGCAGGGGCUUCUAGGAAUUAAAGUCCAAAACACCUGGUGGGCCAAAGGUCAGAAAACAUUGUGCUAGACGGAAGAAAACUUUAUGAAGAUGACACCCUUCGGUACAAGCACUGACAAAGAGAAACUAAGCCAUAGGAUUGGGAUAACGCUACUAAAUGGCUCACGUGGGGAAGGAAAAUCAGCAAGGUGCCUUGCCCCUCCCAGAGCUGGCAUGGAAGGAGAGCGUUGUCCAUGCUAGAAAUGCCUUGAGCAGCAGCAAGAUCCCUGUGUUGUCCAAAAGUGGAGUUCCGCCAGAACGGAAGCAAUUGCACCAGCGGCAGUGCUGGCAUCAGCAGGUAUGCACAUCCAGUGGCAGAAGCAAGGUGCCUCACACGAGUUCAACACCUGGUGAUGGAGCUUUGCAACCAGUAGCUGCCUUAAUGCCCAAGAGCCUUUCCAGAGAACCCCUGGGGGAAGUGCAGCUCAGCACAUUUGGUCAUAGGAAUGAAGGCAGUGUCUCUGAUGGUAAAGGAGUGAGCACAGUUGAGUUUGUGCCUGAUGUUGCAGCUCUUGCCAGCAUAUUGUCCAACACAGGGUUGAAUAGCCACACAGUGAGUGCAACCCAUAAGCCCAGCCUGGCCCGAAGAGUCCCUCUGAGAGGAAAUAGAGCAUGCUCAGCAAGCACUACAACUGCCCGAGGCUCCCUGUAUAUGAAUGUUCCUGAAGGAAAUCUUGUUCGCUUUUCUUGCAUCUCCAAAUCAACUUCGAAAGAUUCAGAACACCCACAGUCCUGUGGCCUGGCUCUGAACACUCAGCAGCUAAAGACAUUGUCAACUAAUCUCAAGAACAUUGGUCCCAGGGUGGAGGCAGCUAAGCCAAAACAGACAGCACAGGAUCUGGGAGUGGGCAAAUCUGAAGAUCCUGCAGCCAAGCCCAGCACAGAAUGUCUGACCAGAAUGACCCAGGCGGGUAUCCAAAGCUCAACUGGGACAAAUGAAGCCACAGGAUCAUCAUGGAAAGAUGAAGAGUUUGUACCAGACCCAGUUGCCAAAGCGAGCAUCCUCUCGAAUGAAGGCUUGAGUCGUUUUGCCCUAGGGGCCAAUGGCAAGCUGAGCUUGGCCCAGCGGGUGCCAGUGAAAGGUGCUCAGAAGCCUCCUGUCCUGUGUAGCAGCACUAGGGGUGAAAGUGGCUUUUUGCGGGAUCCCCAUAUAAAAGUAUCUUCAAUAGGGAAGUUUGGUCGUGUGUCCUGUUGUUCCACUCAGGGCCUUAAAGAUCUAAAGAAGUCAGAGGCUUCUGGAGCCCAGUUAACCAACACACCUGGUGACAGAUUUUCUGCUGUUGACUGUUCGCCUUAUCCACUGGCUAGAAGGGUUCCCAUUAGCUGUCCACAAUCCUUGCAUCCCAGUCCUUGGACAUGCCACCGUGUGCCUCUUUCUUCCUGUUGUAAGGGCAGAAGGGUUAAGGUGACAGGCAGUGUCGCCCCACAGAGGGUCACAGAGGGCUCCAAACAGGACAACACUGCAGUGCCCUGGGGGAAGAUUGCUGUGCGCCUGUUUGAUGAUGAGGUGGCUGCAUCAGCAAAGAAGGUGUCUGCUGUUCCUGUGAUCACCCCAGAAAUGGGGACGCUCCAGUGUAUUGAGCUCCUUGCACAAUUGUUACGGCAGGAGAUGAAUAAUGGUAGUGUUGAUCGUGAUGUUGCCCCCUCAUUGGAAGAACUACACAAACUGUUGUCUGCUCAUUGCUCACCUGCCCAGCCGGACCAACUCAGCACACUCUCUCAGAAUCCCAGGCCAAACCACUGCAAACCCACACCACUGUCUACUGUUGUAGCCCCUGAGACUAGCACGACACUCAUUACACCUUCUCAGGAUCCUAAACCAAAUCUCCGCAAAGCCACACCACUGUCUACUGUUGUAGGCCCUGAGACGAGCAGAACACUUACCACCGCCUCCAGCCAACCACCUGUCUACCCAAGCACUUCUGUGCAUUUGGCCCAGCCUCCCUCAUCCAGUGCAAGUAGUUCAGGCCAGGUCAAGCAGCGGCUGGAUGACCUCCUUUGUGCACCUCAGCGCUUCCAUGAGGCCUGCUUAAAUGAUGAAUGUGCCUUCUACACUGCCCGCAUCAUGUCUACCUUCCAACCUUCAGUACGGCGGUGUAAAGACCCUGUGGCAAAAACACUAGAAGCUCAUGAUGCCAUGCACUUUAUACCCAUCUCUGCACCUCUGUCCCCUGUGGAAGAAGGAGAGAGGCCUGCAUCCUCAUGAUGAUAUCAUAAGACUGUCGACACAGAGAUGAUGCACUGAAGUUCCUCUUCACCAAGACGGUGCUUUGCUCCAUCUGUAACUGCUUCCCAUUUGAUUCUUCUCACUAAAUAUAUAUGAAUCUCAUUGGGGUGCUGAAUGCCCAGAGGGCAGUCAUAGCUGUAGGAGAGACAGGAACUGGAAUACCUACUACUACCUGAGAGCUCCCAUAGAAAGGAGUAUCUGGUGCUUGUGGUAAACAGAAGACUGGUCUUAAGGAAAGAAAGUUUUUUUUAGCUGUAAGCUCUUGCUGCAGAAGAGUAUAUAAACUAAGUUUAUAUUGACUGCAUGCAAAUAGAUUUUUUAAAAAUAAAAAAAAAUUCCUAGUAAAAUAUUCUAAUUUGCCUGUUAAUUAUUAUUUGCAAGUACCUUGUUCCAAGGACAGAAGGCUUCUUCGCAAAGACCUCUGACGAGGAGUGUCAGUUUUUUGGGGUUUUGUUAUGGGCACUCUAUAAGCAAGUACCUCUUACUGCUUUUAAAGUCAAGGACCUUUAUCAUUAUUUCUGACCAUAGAUGGAUUGCAGGUGCAAGAGUAGGCAAGAAAAGUAUGAAGCCAAGCUUCAAAAGUGUUUGCCAGAAUGAUGUCCUUCAGGUGUUCUGGAUUUCAUCUCCCAUCUGUCCCAUUUAACAGGGCCAGUGAUAAGAAAUACUGGGUGCUGAAGGCCAAAACAUCAGGAGGCCUGGGUUAGGAUAUUUAAUUGACUGAAAAAUAUUUUCUGUAAUGUAACAAUCCUCCAAGGCAAGUGCCCAGUUUUUUUCAUUUUUCUAAAGGUAAUGGAAUCCCUGGCAACCACUCGGGAAAUUUCAUGCUGGACCUGUGUGUCCAUGAGUCAAAUUUAGUACCUCUAAACUUUACAAAAGAGCAAAGCACUGAUUGGCUUUUUCUACUAGAACUCCAGAGCAGGUUAGCGAAGACUCUAAAAGGAUUUACAAGUCCUGCUGGAGGAUUCAGGAAUUAUAGUUACAAAUUUCUAAAUUCAAAUUCUGAUCAAAAUAAGGCUGUGAUGUAAACUCUUCCUUAGGCCUGUGUGGGAAUGCUUAACCAAGUGACCCUAAUGUAAUGUAUGUGCAAAUGUAUGUGUAAUGUAGGAUAGUUUAUCUACUUUUGCUUGAUCUUUCUACUGAUGUAGGAUCCUACCCUCUACAGAGGCAGGAAGGGCCUCCUUGCCAGAAGCAUUACUUUCUCUGAGUAAAUAUGCAGCUUCAACAACA